AUGUCGAAGUCGCAAGACAAAUGUGUUUCAAGUGUGCAUCCUCCUUCAUGCACACCACCGAGCCGAAGUUCCUUUAUCGAUUGCGAUAUGGUUGAAUCGCUUGGUUGUGUUCCAUCUGCCAUUGCAGAGAAUUUAUCUAAUCAACAGGAAAACGUAUCCGGCGAUGUGGUCGUCGACGGUGAGAAGUCGAACAAGGUCAUGCAACUGUCAGAUAUUACUGAGGUUGGAAGUGAAGAGAUGGAGCUUGGUGAUGAGUUACCAAAUCACGGUUGCUUUCAAGAAGACGAGAUACCAAGAGUUGGAAUGCGCUUUGCGCAGUUACAGAUGGCUCGUGACUUUUAUGUUACAUACGCAAAGAAAGUAGAAUUUGCAACUAAGAAAAGGAUGACAACAUAUGACAUCACAAAGAUGCCUGUUAACCAAGCUAUCCACUGCAAUCGCGACGGGUUUCGUGGGUCUCGUGUCAAAGCACCAACCCGGAAGAACAUGAUUUCAGCUGCUGGGUGCAAGGCAAGGAUAUAUGUGAAGUUUGAUAAGGACAUGCAAGAGUGGAUUUUGUUCAAGGUUGAGUUUAGGCACUCACACUCAUGUUCAGCGAGAAAGGCAGUGCACUACCAUGAGUAUAGGCAGCUGACCAUGCAUGUGAAAUACAUGAUCGAGGAUAAUGAUGAGGCUGAGAUUCGACCAAACAAGACAUUCCUAACUUUGGCAAAUGAGGCUGGGGGCCCAUCUAACCUGGGAUUCUCAAAAAAGGAUUUAAGAAACUAUAUAACAGCAAGGCUCCGAACUAGCAAUGUGAAUGCGGAUGUCAGGGAGAUGAUGAACUACUUCAUGAGAAUGAAGGACAUCAAUCCGAACUUCUUUUACGCGGUGAAGUUGGAUGAUGAGUGCAUGGAUUACGGUUUGUGUCAUUCGUCGAGGUCAACCACCAUGAAAUGCAUUACGCGACACACGCCACCGGUGGUGCAUCUGGCAUAUUACGAAGAAGUUAUCGCAAAAGUUUGGGGGUUAUUGCCGAUUGAGGAGUCAUUUGAGGAUAACUGGUCUGAAUUUAUAGAUGAGUACAACUUACAUAACAACACAUGGCUGUUAGACCUGUAUGAUGAUCGACGCAUGUGGGUCUCCAUAUACUUCAAGGGUGAAUUUUGGGCUACUAUGAGGAGUACACAAAGGAGUGAGAGCAUGCACGCAUUCUACGGUGGAUUCUUACACAAUAGGACUAGCUUAGUUCAAUUUGUUCAUGAAUAUGACAAUGUGCUUGGAAUCAAGGAGCAGAGCGAAUUGGAGGAUGAUACUGCAGACUCGAGGGGGGUUAUCCCUUGUGCAACGAGCUCGCUUAUGGAGAGACAAUUUCAGCAAGAGUACACUACCAGCAUGUUUAGGGAUGUUCAAACUGAGUUCAUGAAGAAGGCUGAUUACAGAGUCUCUGUAGUUGCCGAAGAGGGGGCAUCAGUGUGCAUGAAGGUGGAAGAGGAGAAAUUAGUCAACAAUACUAUUCUCUGCGUUCCAUACGAUGUCCACUUUGACCGUUUCACACAGGAGUUUUUCAUUCGUAUAAAGUGUACAAAGUAUCUACCUGUUAUGUUCUCCCUCGAUGGAGCAAGAAAAAUAAAGCGCAAGCAUACGUAUGUCAAGAGUAGCAAUGAUAUCAGUUGGUCGGAUGAGAGUCAUGUUGCAUUCAAGGGACUGUGUGCACAUUUCUACAAUGUUGCUCAAGAGUUCGUCGGUGACCACGACAAAACAACAUUGCUGCAUGCUGCUCUAGAAGAAACAAGGGCCAAGUUGGCUGUGCACCGUGCCAAAAAGAGGUCCGAGAGUGUGGUGGAGACCCACACCAGUAUUGGCUCACAGACUCUGAAUGUUGUCGGUGUCGCUAACAUCCAAGGCCCAUCAAAAGUAAGCACAAAGGGUCGGCCAAAGAGUAAGAGGCUCGACGCUGCCCUGGAGAAGUCCUUCAAGAAUUCUGCUCGGAGGAAAAACAAGAAUGCAUUCUCGGUGGUUUGUCCGAACGCAUCUCAAGAUGUAAACCUUGGUGCUGUUGGUGGCCAAAAUGUUCCUAAACAAGCCGGUGGUUUCAUGUCUUUGUUAAACUCCUUCAACAAAAAUUAG